AUGGAAGAGGAAAUUUCUAUACAAUCCCAGGGUGCCUUGGCAGCUCUUUCACGGUGUCAAAAAUCUGGCGAAUUCACAGAUCUGGCCCUUGUCUGCGAGGGAGAAAGGAUCAACGUACAUAAAGUUGUGGUUUGCUCUCAAUCGGAUGUACUUCAUGCCGCCUGCAUUGGCAACUUCAAGGAGGCGUCAUCUGCCGUCUACGAGUUUUUGGACGAUAAAAAACUCAUUGUUGGAAAACUGCUCAGCUUCUUUUACACGGAAAACUAUAGCGACACAAUCCGGACCUAUGAGACAGAGCCGCCAUCGUCAUGUUCGGCUCUUCAACUCCAUGCCCGAGUCUUUGUCUUGGCUGACAAAUACAUCGUCAAGAGUUUACUCGCGUUAUGUGUUGAGAAAUACCAGAGGAGGCUUCAGUUCCUAUCCGAUCCCAUCGAAUUCAUUGAAUCCAUUUCGGAAGUAUACGCUUUGCCUCCUACAUCAACCAGAACUUUGAAGGAGGUUGUAGCACACUUUGCGCGGAUUAAUAUUUCGAAUUAUCUACAUGAGGAAACUGUUCAGAUGGCCUACAACAGCGUUGCCCAAAGUGUGCCCAAAUUUGUGAAAGAUCUCCUCGACUUAUAUAUCGAAGCACCAUUGCUUGGAAACUGUGGAAAUUGCGGACAGCACGUACCGAUAUUAGCUUUGCAAGGGAGAUGUCGCCAAUGUCGGCGUGGUACGACUGCGAUUGAUGGGCGUGUUUAG